AUGAAGAUAGCAAUAGAAGGCUGCUGUCAUGGCGAGAUCGAGACCAUAUACAACUCACUGGUCAACAUCGAGCAUAAGACUGGACAGAAGGUCGACCUGCUGCUCAUGUGCGGCGACUACGAAGCACUGCGCAACCCCGCCGACCUCGGCUCAAUGGCCGUUCCCGACAAGUACAAAACGCUAGGCUCAUUCCACCAUUACUACAGCGGUCGACUGGUGGCCCCUGUGCUCACAUUGGUGAUCGGUGGCAACCAUGAAGCAUCGAACUACUUCUCUGAGCUUCCCAACGGUGGCUGGCUAUGCAAGAACAUCUACUAUAUGGGCAGGUCAGGCGUCGUCACCUUUGGAGGUCUGCGUAUUGCUGGCAUCUCUGGAAUCUACAAAGAGCACGACUAUCAGAAGGGACUGUACGAGCGCGUGCCCCUCGAUCACAGCACGAUGCGCUCGAUAUAUCAUGUCCGCGAGCUAGAUGUAUUCAAGUUGUUGAAUAUGCAAGAAACACCAAGACUUGACAUUGUAUUCUCACACGAUUGGCCACAGGGCAUCGUCAAAUAUGGCGACAGGAGAAAGUUGGAGCAGUUUAAGCAACAUUUGUUGAGUGAGGGUGAUGAGCUUGGCAACCCAGCUGCAACACAGUUGAUGUGUCAACUGCGGCCUAAGUACUGGUUCUCUGGCCAUCUGCAUGUAAAGUACGCCGCUGUCUAUCCACAUGCACAUAGACCAGAGGACGGCGCUGAGCAGCUGGUCACAAAGUUCUUGGCACUAGACAAGGUGCUGCCUGGACGCGACUUCAUACAAGUGAUCGAUGUAGUACAGACCGGUCCGCUGCAGCUGUCAUACGAUCCACACUGGCUGGGCAUCCUGAACAAGUGUAGACAGAUCACCAACACACAUACCAGCAGCUACAAGACUCCAUUGUCCAGACAGCAAUUCCAACAACAGUGUACACCUAACAAAGAGGAAUGUGAUAAGAUCAACAACAGAAUGAUGGAUAUCUUUAAGAUGAGAUUGCAACACACUGGUGCUGCUGCUGCCCCUGUUGCACCAUCAGCUGAUGACGGACAGAGUGCGCCCCACUUGGAGAUACCCUUCAACUUCAUUCAAAAUGUGAUGCCAUUCGAUCCUGCUCAACCUCAUGCUCGCUACAUGCCUCCAUACCCAAACCCUCAACACAUUGUCAUGAACAACCUGUUGGAGAUCCUUGGUAGUGAACAGGCGAUCGAUGCUAGCAGUCUACAGAUGUUGGAUACAGAGACAUUCCGCAUGGACAUGACAAUGCCAAUGCCGAACAAUCAACAACAACAAUCAGCAUUCAAAGUACAGAAGUUGGAGCAAAGUGACAAUGUCAAGACUUAUAAGGACUCUGCAGAGAUAGAUAUAGAUGACAUUGAAGACAAGGAUAACCAGGGCGAAGGCCAGGAUGAGGGUCAAGGCGAGGUAGACGAUGAUGUCCAGGCAGGACAAGAAGAGGAGAGCAACAACCUGGCUGCAGGUUAG